AAAAUUGGACAUGUAUCGCUAUCAAUGACAGGCAAUUGGUUCAGAUCAUCAUUGUUUUUUUAAGACUACACUCCUGAAUGCAGAGGGGUAUAUGUCUGUCGUGUGUAGGUCGCAUAAAUAGAUGCAAAUAUCAGAUUACGUGGUCGCUUGGUUGCAGGCCUUUAGCAGGGCUGACCUUUGACCUGGUAGUAGCGUUCCUGCGAGGCUUGUUCUGCUGCAGCACUCCAGAACAGACAGCCUUUCCUUCCUCACAAUCGCGCUUCCUUCAUGCUGCGUCGCCACAAUGUGUGUUGCUCUCAUUUAGUAACAGACACCGACGUAUUUCCCGCACCAGCGACAAACUCUCGGGCGUGGUAGGCGUCGUAAAGGGCUCGCAGCGCGUAAAGCCCUCGUCUUGUUUCCAGGCUUGACACAGCAGCAAACGAGACGUAGCCGUGUUAGCAGCUUGCUAAAGCGCCACCGUCGUCUUCUUCAAGGCGCUUUGUAGGAACGACAGGCCAGUGCGGAGGAAAUGAAGGACAAACAAAAGAGAAAGAAGGAGCGGACCUGGGCCGAGGCUGCUCGCAUGGUGCUGGAGAACUUCUCCGAUGCUCCUAUGACCCCGAAACAAAUACUCCAUGUCAUCCAGACCAAGGGACUGAAGGAAAUGAGGUCAGACACCCACAUACCUGGAACAGCACCUCUGGCCUGCCUCGUCACAAUGCUUCACUCCCAAGUGAGGGGAGAUCGGGUCAAGAACAGCAUCUUCUUUAAGCUGCCUGGCCGGAUGAGCCUUUUCACUCUGAAGAAGAAUGCCUUGCAGUGGACAAAGACUACAGAGUCCGAAACACCAUCUGAGCUGGUUAGCAGCGCUGCAACCCCUACCUCCAGCAACACUUCCCUCACAGAGAAUGCAGCAGUUGGCGCCACCGAGACAACUGAGCAGGAGAGCUCCAACUCCACCGAAACCACUGCUUCAACUUUGGCCUCAGCAGAUGAAACGUCAUCCAGUGUUACCGGCUCCACAGAAGUACAAUCUACCAACCAGCCUCAAACCCGUCUAAGUAGAGCAGCAGGAUUGCAGGGACGGACUGACACUCAACAGGUCCAACAUGUUCAGCACACACAGACCAGACUGAGCCGGUCCCGGCAGUCAGGGAGGCAGCGAAAGAAAGCAGUCAUGAUGCCGCGUGUUGUCCUGACUCCUCUUAAAGUUAAUGGAGAGCACGUACCAUCAGGACCGAUGAAGAGGAGUCGAGGAGGGGUAGAUGUGGACUUUGAGACACCUGGUUCCAUUCUUGUCAACACCAACAUCAGGGCUCUUAUUAAUGUUAGAACCUUCUCAGCAUUCCCAGCCCAAUCACAGCAGCAGCUGCUACAGCUUUUGCCAGAAGUGGAUCGACAGAUUGGACCAGAUGGAAUGGCCAGACUGAGUAGUUCAGCCCUCAACAAUGAGUUCUUUACACAUGCCUCCCAAAGCUGGAAAGAGAGGUUAGCUGAGGGGGAGUUCACUCAUGAGAUGCAGGUCCGGUUCCGGCAGGAAAUGGAGAAGGAGAAGAAGGUUGAGGCGUGGAAGGAAAAAUUUUUUGAGGAGUACCAUGGACAGAAGUCUGGCCUUACGAGAGAAGAAUCCCUUAAGCUCACGAUGGCUGACGCGAGUGAAGUUGCAACAAGUGUCCUGGAUACUGACAGCGUCUCUGUGGUGUCAACCGGUGCCCCCAAGAGGCGCAGCGUGGGUCGUCGAAGGAGAGACGGCAGAAUGAGGCGACGCACACGAGCUGAUCUACGUCGCAGGGCCCGUCGGACCCUCUGCAAAACCAGUUCACCUGUCCUGCAGUCUGCAGAAGCUGUUGAGGAAGUUGCAUCUCUGGAAACAUCCACAGUGUCUAUUGGUUCUCCUAUGUCAGAAAGUACAGUUAUUCAAGGGGAGGUGGUACUCCAGGCCGAAUGUGACGAGGAAGUCCCACCGGAUGACAUCUCCAUUGAGCCGAAAACCCCAACGCCUGAGCCAGUUUUACUGCCAGCACCAACACCAACUCCUAUUCCUAGUCCAGAAUCCACAAGUGAUGACAAAGAACCAAACAUUUCAGGCUGCCUGCUCACCGAAGAGGUUACACCUGUUUUGGCCUCCACCUCAUCCCCUUCGUCGUCAUCUUCUUCCGACUCGUCACCUUCAUCCUCACCGUCCUCAGCUUCUGAUCAACAAGGAGCAUUUACCACUGGCUUGGACUCUUCUUCCUCCUCUUCAGUAUCGUCCGGUGCCGCAGUCACUACGGAUCACCUGGAUGACACCGCAUCCGUGGUCACCUCCGUCACAGGCGGAACAGCCACCAGCAGUCGUGAGAGCAGUCCCUCAGACAGCCCAGCAGGCACCCCCGCACCCAGCGUUCAGCACAAGGAACAGAAGAGAAGACCCGAUGAGGCCCGGGCCUUCUCCAGCUUCCCCGAGAAGAGGCCACGGUUGAAUGACCAGCAGUCCUUUCGUACCACAAUUGACAGGGUCCAUUCAGAGAAACCGCAGCCGACAACGGAGGAACCCAAGGUGCCUCCAAUCCGGAUUCAACUGUCCAGAAUCAAACCACCCUGGAUCAAAGGGCACCCCACCUACCAGAUCUGUCCCCGCAUCGUGCCCCCUGGGGAGGCCUCGCGGAGGUCGGGGACGGGGGGCGCGCGGACGCUCGCAGAUAUCAAAGCCCGUGCGCAACAAGCCCGUGCCCAGCGGGAAGCCGCUGCUGCUGUUGCAGCCUCUGCCGAAGGGCCAGGGCCGAACAGGGUCCGGCUGCGGCCUGCUGCUGGGUUACCGGAUUGCAACAGUGGGCAGAGAGCGCAAGAACACCCGGGACCAAUUGAGCCGGGAGGAGGAAGUGGAAGAAGGGGAGGUGGUGGUGGGACACAAGAGCAGGGAAAGAGUUGUGAAACGGAUUCGUCUGGAACACAACUACAGCAUCCCAAUGUAGAAAGCAAAACUCUGCCUUCGCCUUCCCCACCCGCUACCUCAACCUCUGCGUUAUCAGAGAACCCGCAGACAUCGAGCCCUCCUCAAAAAUCCGAGGAAGAUAUGAAUGCGGCAUCAGCCAGUGUCCACACUUCAUCCAACAGACCCGCGGGCCAAGCAACUGACCCUCCCUCUCAAGAGACUGACACGACCUACAUAACCUCCUCGCCCGAUAGACAAAGCAAGAUUGCAGUGUGUCCUACUUCCACUUCAGAGAGGCUUAACCAGGCAAGGGAAAAAAGGCCUCUUGCUCCAACCUCCAUCCCCGAUUCUCUUCCUAGGUUUGGGGCUCAAGGUGUUGUUGUUCAGAAGCUGGUCAGAUCCACCACACCCGGAGAGCGUGAACAACAGACCAACGUAAGUCUAGGUGGCGUCAUUCAGCACGCUUCCCGUCAUGAGGACUCCCACGAUACUGACAAUGACUUGGCAACGCAACGAGCAGACGCAUCUCCUCGCGCCGAGUCCUCGGGCAGAGACGACGAGGCCGGGACACACAGCGAUUCCACGGAAACUGCUUCAGACUGUGAGAAUGAAAGCACCGUAGAUGAGCAGCUGCCUGACCCAGAUUGGUGUUCCCCAAUGAGAGGCCACAGAAAAAUGCAGGAAGCAGUUUGCAGCCCCACUCGCAACCGCCAGCCUGUCAUCCGAGGCAACGAUCCCAGUUGCCACGGUCAAACUGUCAUUCAACCGUGCUUUCCGAAUGGUACGCCUCACUCCGCACAAACCCUGCCCUUUUCCCAAGAUCGCCACAACGUUGUCGUCAAAGUUGAACCUGUAGAGGAUCGCCAGAGCUCCAAACAGGGCUCUCUGGAUGAAGACCCUAACGGACGUAUUAAACCUUCUACCUAUCCAUCAAGUGUUUCUGGAGCCUCAAAGAAACUCUGUGCUUCGACGAGGCCGGUGUCCAGUGUAGAAGCCAACAACCCUUUGGUGACACAGCUUCUACAAGGCAGCCUUCCACUGGAUAAAGUGCUACCGACACACUCUGCUGACAGGCUAGAAAUCAGUCGAUCGGCAGGACCGCACCGAAGACCCUAUAACAGGGCUGAGGCGUCAGAAGGAACCGUAGCUUCUCAGAAAAGCUACCCUGUUUCGUGUUUAGUUGAGACGCCAAACACAUCACAGUAUCAGUCUCAGCAGGCCUCUGGAGCCGUACCGGUCAUCACCUCGUCGCCGUUCCCCACGACUUCCCCCAGCAGCUCAAACCAUUGCUUGGAGACUGCAAUUAGCAAAGAGUCAUCAGUCCAUCAGCCCUCGCAAGGGCCUGUUCCAGACAGGAAUCAAGCCGCAAACAGGACCAUACUGAAUGGCCCGUCUCCACCUCACGCAGACCCUUGUCCCGCAGAAGGCGUUCCUAGUCUUAAGAUCAACUGGCGACCCCCUCAGUCUCAGAUUCCCAUCCCCAGCCAACAAGAGCCAGCGCCUGUCCCCAGUGUAAAAACUGAAGUUGGUUCAAAGCCUUCUUGUCAGGCUCUUGCUAAAACAUCCGUGGUGGUUACCAAAAAAGAGCCUGUGAAUUCUAUGGACGGCUACCCCAGCGGAGGGGCCAUGGAGGGACUCCUCAACAUGGAGAUGAAUCUGUCUCGAAUGGCCAAAAACGAGCUGAGCAAAGCGCCGUACUCCUCCAGCUAUCACUCGCCCCCUACUUCGCUCCCCUUCCAGCUCUAUGGGAAAAUUUCCAAGAAGGGCGGGGGACUCGGAGGCGUCAGCUACACGGCCAACGUGUCCGUCAUGGACAAUACCAGCUUUUCCCGGAACAUGGCGGACGGCGUACUCCAGCUGCGGCCUCGGUUGGCCUCCAGCCAGGCCACGCUUAGCAUCCAGACCUUUACUGACAGUACGGCAGAGGAGGUUUCGCUCAAGUGCUCCUGUCGUCUCAAAGCUAUGAUCAUGUGCCAAGGCUGCGGGGCCUUCUGCCACGAUGAUUGCAUCGGGCCCUCCAAGCUAUGUGUUUCUUGUCUGGUGGUGAGAUAAUGUGUCGAUGGGCCGCAAUUACCGUGGAUCGAGUCCAACAGGCAAGAUUUGCCUUGUAUAUUAUGACUGGGCUGUUUGUUUUUGUUGCACAUUUUCAGAUUUUCUUUUUAGCUGUAAUUAUAUAUUAUUGAUAUUCUUUUUAUUGACUAUUAAUAUUAUUAUUUUGAGGCAUGGUUUCUCGCUAACAUUUUGGUCAUCACGCCUCAAAAACAUUUACCUCAUGUUGUUCCACCAGCCGUUAUUAGGUGGCCAUUGUUUUUUGGUUCAUGUUGUCUCUGCGCAAAGAAAUAUUUUUUUAACCAUUAAAAGAGUGAAGAACAGUAGUAUGUUUUUUUU